AUGCCAAAGGAAAUUGAUAUUUCUGACAAACCGGGGUUUUCAUACUUUAUUACCACGCCAUGUGAAGAAUGGGAUGCACUAGAAUAUCAUGAAGAAUGGUGUGCGUCUAAACAUCCCAUUAACAAGGCAACGAUCACGUUAGCAAUCAUGCGACAGCUAGAAUGGCUUAUGAAGGAAGGAUCAGAAGAAGAAAAGAAGGAAGCUAACAGGAUGUUUAAGCAAUUUAAAGUGUACGAAGCAUUUGUUUUUCAUUAUUCUGUCCGUGAUAUUGUUACAUUUUUUUACGUGGCGGUUGUGGCAGGAAUCACGAGGGAAUACGUUCCGCCCGUGUAUGGAAUACGUUCCGCCCUGUCUCAACUGAGAUUGAAGCUACCCACUGGAAUACGUAUCCGAGUGGCGAUGGAAUACGUUCCGCUGAAAUCUAUCCAUGAACUUGCAAAAGAAGGUGUAAAAGCUGGUGGGUAUAUUGAUGAUUUUUGGAUUAAAAUGGAUUUGGAGAGGAAAAUAAACUUACAAGAGAUCAAGGUUUCUGCAGAAGUUCGUAAAAUACAGUCGGAUAAAUGCUUGAUCAUGAAUAAGAGGUCUCUUGAUGUCUUGAAAGAGACGGUAGUGGAACAUAAUGAAGCAUCGGCAUUAUUGGCUGACUUUGCUCGUGACGGACAGGAUGUCAGAAAAAGAAGAAAGCAGUAUCACCAGUUGGAUGGAUAUACCACUCCCUCCCCAGGUAGUCCAAUGAUACAUCCAUUGGAAGAAGAAAAUCCAUUCGUUGAGGAGGAGGAUGAUAAAGAUAUCAUAAUUGAUGACAUUCCAUGUGAAUUUUCUUUCAAAAAUGGAGAUCCAGUUGAUGAUUUACACGUGGGAGAGACUAAUGUGUCUCUACUUUUUAGAAAUUAUCAGAAUCAGUCGCUAAAUAUUGCAAGGGACAAGGGCUUAUUUGUGGAAUCAAAUGUACAGGAAAUAUUAUCGUUAUCGUCAAUUUUAUUACUUGCCUCGAAUUCCUACUCCAAUACAAUGAUUGAUCACUUCGGAUUGUCCUUGCUUGAUGAAAUUCAUCAAAAAUUUAAAUCAGAGCAACAAAUAGAGUUAGAUUCGAAUUCCGAAACAACAUUCCGAAAAGCAGUUAAAAUGGCAAUGGGUGGAUCGCGUGAUGAUGCUAUUAUCUGGUUAUGCGGAAAACUUUCAAGUGAGCAAUCUUUAAGAGAGAAUUUAGGUUUUAUUAUUCUGGACUGCUUGAGAGUGCUACCCUCUUCAAAAAUUAGGAAUGAGCACAGCGAAAUCACACACUAUACCAAUUUCCUUGAUCGUAUUAUGAAGGGACUCUUUGAUGAUCCCGAUAAACACGUAGUACAAUGGCCUAAUACAGCUUUAAACGAAAGCAAGACAAGAAAAGCCGAAGGUCGCGCUAAACAACCAGAUUUCACAACUUCCAUAAUUUGUCAAUUACAAACUAGUGCCACCUUAUUUGUGGGCGAAGUUAGCCCUCCAUCAAAAAGAGGGGAUGUAUACAAAAAUUGCAACGAUCUUAUUCGCCUGGGCGUGUUUAUGAAAGAUAUCCUAGAUUCAUCUGUUGAUAAAGGUGCUGAUAUAAAAGUGCUGGGCUUCCAGUGUGUUGAUUAUAAAGUUGACUAUUAUACCAUGGACCUUGUUCAAGGAAUUUAUAUUAUGAUUCAUCUUGGUCAGAUGUUGGUUCCAGCAUCUUUAAAGGAUAUGUCAUCUUUUGUAGAUGAUAUAGAAUUAUCUUUAAGAGUACAAGAUAUUUUUCGCAAAUCUUAUGAAAAUUUUUAUCCCAAGCUUUGUAAUCCGGGAUCAUUGACGAAAAAAGCGACAUUCAAACGAGAAACCCUUUGCACUCCAAAGUUUCGACAGCUAAUAAGUAAGAAACACGAUGUUAAUAGAAGCUGUCCAUUUUGGUUUGGACGUUUCUAA